UUCUCCGCAGGGCCGCGGCGAGUGCGGUCGUGGUGCUCGUCUCUGUGAGCCAUCCGGUGCCAUCCUCGUCGCCGCGGCGACGCUCGCACUCGCCGCCACCACGACAGAGCAGAUGACCCUUCGUGGCACCCUCAAGGGCCACAACGGCUGGGUCACGCAGAUCGCGACCACCCCGCCGUUCCCGGACAUGAUCCUGUCCGCCUCGCGCAAGACCAUCAUCAUGUGGAAGCUCACCAGGGACGAGACCGACUACGGCAGCCCCCAGCGUGCCUUGAGGGGCCACUCGCACUUCGUGAGCGGCGUGGUGAUCUCCUCCUUCGGCCAGUUUGCCCUCUCGGGCUCCUGGGACGGGACCCUGCGCCUCUGGGAUCUCACAAUGGGCACCGCCACGCGACGAUGUGUGGGCCACACCAAGGAUGUGCUGAGCGUGGCCUUCUCCUCUGACAACCGGCAGAUCGGCUCCGGGUCCCGAGACAAAACCAUCAAGCUGUGGAACACUCUGGGUGUCUGCAAAUACACCGUCCAGGAUGAGAUCCACUCAGAGUGGGUGUCUUGUGUCCUCUUUUCACCCAACAGCAGCAACCCCAUCAUUGUUUCCUGCGGCUGGGACAAGCUGGUCAAGGUAUGGAGUCUGGCUAACUGCAAGCUGAAGACCAACCACAUCGGCCACACGGGCGACCUGAACACCGUGACGGUCUCUCCAGAUGGAUCCCUCUGUGCUUCUGGAGGCAAGGACAGCCAGGCCAUGCUGUGGGACCUCAACGAGGGCAAGCACCUGUACACGCUGGACGGUGGGGACAUCAUCAACGCCCUGUGCUUCAGCCCCAACCGCUACUGGCUCUGUGCGGCCACGGGCCCCAGCAUCAAGAUCUGGGACUUGGAGGGCAAGAUCAUUGUAGAUGAGCUGAAGCAGGAAGUCAUCAGUACCAGCAGCAAGGCAGAGCCACCCCAGUGCACCUCUCUGGCCUGGUCUGCUGACGGCCAGACUCUGUUUGCUGGCUACACAGACAACCUGGUGCGAGUGUGGCAGGUGACUAUCGGUACUCGUUAGAAAUUUGUGGCAGAGAUUUAGAAAU